UACAAAUCGCUUCAGCAUGCAUUUGCUUACAGUCAGUGGAGUCCUGGCGCUGGUGCUGGGCACAGUUAGCGCCACCUAUUGGUGGGAAGCUGGCAAUUACUAUCAAAUCUAUCCGCGCUCGUUUCGCGACUCGAACGGCGACGGCAUCGGCGAUUUGAAUGGCGUUACUGAGAAGCUGCAAUAUCUCAAGGACAUUGGAUUCACUGCAGCCUGGCUGAGUCCCAUUAUGAAAUCACCCAUGGUGGACUUUGGCUAUGACAUUGCUGACUUUUAUCAGAUACAUCCCGAGUACGGCACCAUGGAGGACUUUGAGCGUUUGAUUGCACGCGCCAAGGAAGUGGACAUCAAAAUCAUUUUGGACUUUGUGCCCAACCAUUCGAGCGAUGAAAACGAAUGGUUCAUCAAGUCGGUGGACGGUGAUCCUGCCUACAAGGACUUUUACAUUUGGCACGACGGCAAGAUCAAUGAGGAGACCGGUGAACGCGAGCCGCCCAGCAAUUGGAACUCGGAGUUUCGCUACAGCGCCUGGGAAUGGAACGAGGUGCGUCAGCAGUAUUAUCUGCAUCAGUUUGCCAAGGCGCAGCCCGAUCUCAACUAUCGCAAUCCGGCGGUGGUGAAUGAGAUGAAGAACGUGCUGAGGUUUUGGCUGGCCAAGGGCGUUGCUGGCUUCCGCAUUGAUGCCAUACCCUAUUUGUUUGAAGUGGAGCUAGAUCGCUACAAUCAGUACCCCGAUGAGCCGCUGUCCAAUGAUACCAACUGCCCCGAUCCGGACGAUCAUUGCUAUACGAAGCACAUCUAUACACAGGAUCUGCCCGAGACUACAGACAUGAUCUAUCAGUGGCGCGAGCUGGUCGAUGAGUUCCAUCGCGUGCAUGGCGGCGAUGAGCGCAUGCUCCUCACCGAAGCCUACACCAGUUUCGACAACAUAAUUCGCUUCUAUGGCGAUGGAGUGCGCAACGGCUCGCAUGUGCCGUUCAACUUUGACUUUCUCACAAGCAUCAACAACGCCUCCAAGGCUGGCGACUAUGUGGCGCACAUUGAGAAGUGGAUGAACGCCAUGCCGGCGGGCGUCUAUGCCAACUGGGUGCUGGGCAAUCAUGACAACAAGCGUAUUGCUUCUCGCUUUGGGGUGCAGCGCAUUGAUUUGAUUAAUAUUCUGCUGCAGACGCUGCCAGGACAUGCUGUUACCUACAACGGCGAGGAGCUGGGCAUGACCGAUGUGUUCAUUAGCUGGGAGGACACAGUGGAUCCGCAGGCCUGCAACUCUGAUCCAGAGCACUACUACGCACGCUCCAGAGAUCCGGCGCGUACGCCUUACCAGUGGGACGCCUCCCCCAUGGCGGGCUUCACCAGCGCCGACGUCACCUGGCUGCCAGUUUCCGAUGACUACAAGACCAACAAUGCGCUGCAGCAGCUGCGUGCGCCGCAGUCGCAUCUGCAAAUCUUCAAGACACUCGUGCAGCUGCGCCAGGAGCCCUCGCUCAAGUUUGGCGCGCUCAAGAUUCAAGCAGUCGGCGAUGACAUUAUCCUCUACUCAAGACAAAAGGAAGGCAGCGAUCUGUAUGUCGUUGUGCUUAAUCUGGGCGAUAGCAACCAGCAAAUAGACCUCACCAAGUACUUUAGUGUGAGCUCGGAGCUGGAGGUCAUUACCUCAUCGCUGCAGUCCCAGUACGUCAAUGGUGAAACAGUCAAGGCCUCUGAGUUUAAUGCCAAUGGACAAGUGGGCACUGUGCUCGUAGCAGUUAAAUGAAAAUACAUUAGUCAGUAACGAAGCCCAAUAAAACAAAUUUCAUUUUGCAAUCUAAAUAUAAAUAAA